CAAUUAUUUACAGUAUCACAUGCAGACAUAUUUGGCUUGAUCUUGUGAUACUGUCUGAUCUAUUUGUAUAUAAAUGACGUACAUGGUAGCUGAUAUUUUUGUUCUAGACUGAAUGGGUUGCAUUGGACGAGAACUUAAGUUUACUAGUGCUUGCUGAUGCAUUAUUGGUUUAGCACAAGAAUAAGAUUAUAGAAAUCAGUAUUAUGAGUAGCAAUUUUAUCAUGUGAUGAGUAUUUGUUGAACCGUAGGACACAACAAUGUACAUAGAAUUAUUGGAAUAUUUUCUAUACAACGUAAAGCAACAUUAAUAUUAGGCAUACAAAUAUUUGCCCUGGUAUUUUUAGCAGUGUUAGAAAGUGGUAUUCUUUAUACUAUACUAUCACAAUGGUUAAGACAUUUAGAAGUUGGUGUAACAUUUGCUGUUCAAAUGUUUCAACCUGGCUUAGAAGAUAAAACAGUUAUGGCAAAUAUACAAGAAGCUCUUCAUUGUUGUGGUAGAGGAUCUUAUGACGAUUAUGGUGUGGCUAAUGAAGCAAUACCUAAACAACAUGUACCAUAUUCAUGUUGUGAUUUACAAACUUAUACAAAUGAACAUUGUAAUAAUGCAUCAAAAUUAACCAGAAAUAAACUUACUUCAUUAACAAUACAAUCACCUGAAAUGAAUAAUCUAUUUUAUGUUAUUCCAUAUUAUUUAGCUUAUCCUGAAGGUUGUGUAAAUCGUUUAAAAAAUUUAUUUUUACCAAUAGUUAUUGGAUGUUUUUGCCUUUUAAUAUCUGUGAAUAUUAUUGCAACAUUUAUCAAUUGUUUCUAUGUACAAAAAGCUGCUGAUGAAGAAGAAUAUGAACAAAAUUGGCUUGAUUCACAAAAUUUUUUAAAAGAAACUAAAGAAGCAUUUUGUUUAAAACCACAAAAACAAGUAGAAAUUUCAUGUGAUGCUUCAAUUUCAAAUGUAGAUGAUCUAAGUGUAUUUCAAGGACAAUUAUCCCGUCGACGAACUAGUUCUAUACCAAGUGAUACGGACUAAAUCAAUAACGUAUUGAUUUCAUUCUGUUUUUUUGUUAUUUUAUCUGUAUAUUCCAUAAAGUGUUUGUUUUUUUUGUAUUGUUUUCAUUUUUCAUGAAGUCACCUAUUUCCAAAUAGUUACUUCUUUAAAAAAGAAAAGAUCAACAUUUUUUGUGUGUGUCUGUGAUGAGACUAUGAAAUAAUAAUUCUGUUAGAACAACUGUCAUGAUUCUUCUGUUUGUCUCUAACAAUUAACCUUCUUUGUAUUUAUGAUUGUUCUUUGUAUGAUAACACAAUGAUAUCUAUUCAUUUGAUCAUUUAACUAUAUAUAUAUUAUGGAUUGAAGUAAUAAAGAACCCAUACCUCAUCGAACUACAAACGUUCAUUUAAGUUAAUUUCAAAGUGUAUGAUAUUUUAUAUUUAUAGCUUUUCUGAUAUGGUUACUUAGCAUUUUUUUUAGCGAGUUAGUUUUCUACGGAAAGCGGAUAUGAAAAGGAUGAACGACAACUGGAAGGAGCUGGAAAGGAUUGCCCAAGAUAGGGUUGGAUGGAAAAUGCUAGUAAGAGGUCUAUGCUCCUUCACGAGGAGUAACAGGCGUAAUAAUAAUAAAUAAUGAUAUGGUUGCUUGGUUGUCUGGUCGACCGGUCGGUUCGUUGGUUGGUCAAUGGCAUUUACUUGUUUAUAAUAUACAAGGAAAACAUGUUUAAUCAUAAACUAUAAUUCUAUUUCGUUAGUAUUCAUUUUGAAAAAAAAAACGACAUUCACUUGUUUGUUUUUCUAAGCAUUUACCAUGUGAAUAUUCAAUGUUCAAAUGAAUAAGAAUAACAUUUGUCUAUUUGGUUCAA